AUGGAUAGCGCACAAAAUACUUUGCAUUCCAUUGAGCGGUUGGUCGGCCGGUUGAAGCUACUUCCACUGAUCGAAAGUUGCGAAAUGGUUUGGCCUAAUAAAUUUGACUUAGAGUUGAUACUUCCGACUUAUGAAGAGGAUCUCCUUAUGCUAGAUAAAAGUAUCGCGAUUUUCUUGGAACAAAUUUCUGACAAUCAAAGCGUAAGUUUAUUCUAACUACAAAAUUAAUUAAUACAGUUUUGAAUUAUUCAGUUUCAGACUUUAUUGAUUGUUUGUUUAUACGAAUCGACUGCCUUCAUUUUAUCUGAAGAGCUUGCUGAAAUCCAAAAAGCAAUUCGAAAAAAGUACAUUUGGGAUUACCUAUUAAUGGAAUUAGACGGAAAAUUGAUUGUUGACAAAUUGUACAAACAUUACAAAAAACUGUUGUUGUGCGCCGAUUGGUUCUACAAUUUUGGAGACCUUACAAGCUUCUGGAAUUUCACAUGGGAUCUACUCGAGAAAGAAGCAAUCGAGUAUACAUUUUUAGAUAGAGACCUUGUUGAUUUGAUUGAAAAAGUAUGUUUCAAAUUGUUGAAAUCAUCGUCCGUUCAGCUGUGUAUCAAAGGUGUAACGAUCAUAGAAGAAUGCAUCUACCGAACACGAGGUCGUGCACUUGUAGACUACGAGACGGUGUACGGUGAACUGAUGACCCAAACUUGGCGUUUAUUUGAAGAUGACGAACGAAACCAGCAAAUAUCGAUUGUUCUACUCGCUGCUCUGCUGGAAUGUGUCAGAAUUAUUGAAGUUGAUAAAAAUCAGCUUGGUAGUCUCAUCAAGGAUUUCAGAUGUUGGAGUAAGGCUGACGCUUUGAUGGAAAUUUUAGUGCAAAGCUUGGAUAGCUGUAAAGACGCCGUUAAAACCUUGUUUCUGCUCGAGCAGAUAGUUAUUUUGCUGACAAUUGAUCAGCCGAAUAUUCGUUUUACACAGUUUUCUGAAAUAGAGGCUAAUAACGAUAGAACGAAUAACGUAGAUACAAAAGAGUCCUACAUGGUGAGUGUAAUGGAUAAAAGUGACAAAUUUAAUACAGUUAUUCCCGAUUGGUUGUAUAAAGUGCACAGAAGCACUAGCGGUCGUUUUCAUCGCUGGUCGAUGAAGCUUUUGGAGACUAUUGUUGUGGAGGUUGAGAAGAUUGAGAAUAGUAACACCGCGCCAUUCCAGACAUAG